AUGGCGGCUCUCUGCUCCGCUUGCAAGGGUAUUACCCCGCAAGCCUUGGCUCAGCCUGAUGGAUAUCGCCAUAUCGAUAGUGCACACGACCUCAUUCACUUGGCCAAGGUAUGCGACUUUUGCAGGCUCAUACGCCUGGCUAUGGACCAGGAUUGCAGGACUCCCAAGUCGGACGAACAACUUCGCACGAACACGAAGCCUGAACCUCUGUACUUGUUUGGUGUCGGCGAUGGAUUGGAUACGGCAGAGGACGCCCCUGGAGACGGUGUGCAGCCUCCAAUGUUGUUCGGGAUCAAUGUGCAUAUCCCAGACAUUGAGUACGAUUAUGAUCUGGUCAAGAUGAGUCUAUUCUCGGAUCCUAAUAGCGCACCUGCCCGCAACCAAGACGUCAUCGGGACGAGGCUAUUGACGAACUCCGGCUCAAGUGAGGCAUUCGGGCUGGUACAGCGUUGGUACGACACUUGCAAAACCAAUCACAAGGAUUGCAACGAGGCAUUUACUGGGCCAGAGACUUCCUUGGCAAAGAGUGGCUCAAACAUUAUGCCACCACUGCCCACUAGGGUCCUUGACGUUAACCCGGCUGAUGGAUCAGAGGAGCCGAAACUCCUGGUUACCAACGGAGUCCAUGCCUUCUAUGCCGCUCUAAGCCAUUGCUGGGGAAAGCAAAGAAUCCUGACAACUACAUCCCACAACCUAGCUCAGCAUUGUAACGUCAUCAAGUUCGCCAGUCUACCCAGGACCUUCCAAGAUGCCAUCAAGAUUGUACGGUUUCUCGGCUUACGUUACCUCUGGAUUGAUAGUCUAUGCAUCGUGCAGGAUGACGCUGAUGACUGGCGCAAGGAGUCAGUUCAGAUGGGGCGCAUUUAUAAAGAUGCCGAAAUAACUGUCGCCGCGUCCGGUGCCAGAGACGGCUCCGAGGGUUGCUUUGUUCCGCGUCCUCCACUGCAACCAGUCGUCCGUCUUCCCUACGGAGAACCUGAUCAAGGAGAAUACAUGUCGGCAACUCUGUUUCCUGACGCGCUGGAUACCACGGUCAGCGAAACCCCGCUCGGGAGUCGGGCAUGGAUUACUCAAGAAUGGAUGCUAUCCCCUCGUGUUAUUCAUUUUACAAAAGCACGAAUGGUCUGGGCGUGUCGCACCUUGCUCAAAUGCGAGGAUGGUGAAAAUGAGACAUCGGGGGAUGAGCAGAGGCUCUUUGAAAGCGCCAGGCGAUAUCGGCAAGCUAAGGAAGCAAAACCAAAAAGCGACUCGACAGUAGAUCACGAAGAGAUCUUAGGUUUCUAUGCAGACUGGUGCGAUCUUGUGUCCACCUACGCUGCAAGAAGCCUAACAUACGAGUCGGACAAGCCGGUCGCAAUCUUGGGCUUGGCUACAGAGGUUGGCAAAGGAAUUGCCGAAGAAUACACCUCUGGGGUAUUUCAUGAUGACUCUCUGCUCCACGAAGCGUUUCAUACACAUUGCGUACUUACUCAGCUGCUUUGGUUCGCGAAAGUGACGUUGACUCGUCCGCUCGCUCUUCGAGACCAACCCCAUUGGUCCUGGACAUCUACCAUUGGAGCUAUAUCUUUCCUCGCACCAGCUCGUGCGGCGAAAAGUUGUAUUUGUGAACUGAAUCGCGUCAAGACAAGUGGCUCCGCGUCCGCAUGGAGGUUUUCGGCCCGGUUGAAGAAGUGGGAGGCACGAAGAGAAGGAGAUCCAUCUACUCGAUCUGGGGAUGACUACUACUUCAUGGAAUUCUAUCCCAAAGGAUCCAUCACGUACGGCGGAUUCGUGACGCAGAAUACCAAGUUGUUUUCUGGAAGAGAUAUGACGCCUGGUGGGUGGAUGGUCUUUGACUUGAACGAGUGGCCGGCUGAGCCAUUCUACCUUGCUGAGAUUUCGAACAACGAAUUCAACGAAAAGCCUGACGGCUCCAACGUGAUGUUUCUGUCAGAAAUAGAGCCAGACCUCGGAGAUGGAUCAGAUAGACGGUUCAAGAGGCUUGGGGUCGGACAGGUCAUUGACCAAACGUGGUUCGAUCAUGCUGAACUUGUGACCAUCACGUUGAUCUGA